AUGGCUCCCUUUGCAGUGGAGUUAUUCGCAGCAAGUAUGAUUUUAUUUAUGAUCUCAUAUGUUAGUUUUUGGUUCACAAAGCUGGUAUUUAGGCGAGGCGAAUCAUGCUAUGUGAUCGACUACGAAUGCUACAUGGCGCCGAAGGAGAGAAAGCUGGACACCCACCAGUGUGCGAAGAUUGUUUCCCGCAACAAGAAUCUGUGUAUAGAAGAUCACAGGUUCCUUGUAAGAACCAUGGUUAAUUCAGGCCUUGGUGAAGAAACUUAUUGCCCAAAAAGCAUCAUAAUGGGUGAAGAAGAAGACCCAAAACUUGUUGAUUCUGUAUCAGAAAUAGAAGCCGUGUUCUACGAUACGCUGGAUAGAAUAUUUGCCAGAUCGAAAAUUUUGCCAUCUCAAGUUGAUAUACUUGUGGUGAAUGUAUCGCUACUCUCAGCAGUGCCUUCUUUAACGUCUAGAAUCGUUAAUCAUUACAAUAUGCGAUCCGAUAUUAAGUCGUUUAAUCUCUCAGGAAUGGGGUGUAGUGCAAGUCUAAUUAGCGUCGACCUGGUGCAACACUUGUUCAAGGCUCACAAGAAGAAAAUAGCCAUUGUUGUGAGCACAGAAUCAAUGUCGUCUCAAUGGUACUCUGGGAGAGAAAGGUCCAUGAUGAUCUCUAACUGUCUUUUCCGGGUAGGAGGCUGUUCGAUGCUUUUAACCAACGACAGCGCUCGCAAGAAUCAGGCCAUUUUGAAGCUCAAAUGCUUGGUUCGAACCAAUUUGGCUUCGGAUGACGAAGCCUUCCACUGCUGCAAGCAGUCAGAAGACGCUCAAGGAUAUAAAGCCAUUUAUCUCAGCAAAACUCUCAAAACAAUUGCUGCUCGAGCUUUGACGAAGAACCUAACAGUGCUGUUACCACAAGUGCUUCCACUUUGGGAGAUAAUUCGUUAUCUAUUGUUCAAAUCUAGUUCGAAAAUCAACCUUAAAACUGGAAUCAAUCACUUCUGCUUACACCCUGGUGGAAGAGCCGUGAUAGAUGAAGUGGGUGAAAAUUUAGGGCUAAACGAGUAUGACCUUGAACCAGCUCGAAUGACGCUGCAUCGUUUUGGGAACACUUCGUCUGCUGGGCUUUGGUUUCAAAUCCAACAACUGUAUUUGGGAGGUCAUGACCUCAGACUUGGAUCGAACAAAUGUUUGGAAAGAUAUGAUCCAAAAUUAUCCUCCAAAGAAGACCAUAAACCCUUAUCUGGAGAAGUUAGGAUGGAUCAAUGA